GACAAUAUCCGGCAUGAUGUUAUGAACGGUUAUAACUUAUAAAUGAGCUGUGCGAGGCGUCAUGGGUAGAAUAAAAAUGAAAAAAAGAAAUGAUUAACGAGUUACGAGACGACGUAGGACGACAAUAACUGAAUAACAAACGAAAGGACGGGGAUUGGUUUGCGAACAGCAAAGUCAUAACUUUCGUAGAUCCGUCGCUGGCUCGGCGGACGACGAGUGAGUGAGUGAGUGACCACACAGUGUGUUUCCGACGGACAAACGCUUUUGGUGAGUAGCAACAAUUUCCAAUCGGCGGCCGUUGGGCAACGGGAAGGCGGCGGCCCGAUUAUGGUGGAGUCGCGCGACAUUGGUUUACAAAAUGGCGGUGCGUUUGGCGGACCGCGCGCACCAAGGGUACCGUAAAAUGCGCGACGGCGGCUUUCAAGCUUUUCAGUUUUCGGGCUAAUCGUUGGUCAGCCGAGGUCGCGGAUAUCGACGGUCGGCAACUUUUUUCCCGCCGCCGGCCAGACGGAAAAUUGAAAUGUAAUUCGCUCUGUCGACCCGCGAGUCUCGACUGAUGACGAUUGACGAUAGAAAUUCGUUUCGUUUUUAAUAACUCGACAUUGAUACCGACCGUCGUCGAAAAUUCCCAGCGACGAUACGACAUGGCUUUUAAAUAAAUACUACCUAUGAUUAUUAUUUCGUCGUCGCCGAGGACGUGACUCGAUUCUAAACAUUUGACCCUACGGCCUAAUGCCAAUAAUGAUGACGAUGAUGAUUAUCGAAACAAAGGCCCUGUAGGUACGGUCUUCAAGCGCGGCACCGGCUCACCUUUGUAAUAGGCAUUUUUAAGUACCUAUACAAAAUACAAACUGGUAAGAUGUCUUCUGCUUUAGAAGAAAGGGAAGAACAGAGUUUAAAAUGUUUUAUAUGCAAUAUCAAAGUUACUACACGUUCGUCGUACGAUAUUUACUGUACAUUUAUGCCUCAAAGAGACAUUCUGCUAAUAGAUGUUAUGUCAAAAAUACUUAAAAAGGUUUUGAAUCCCUCUCUUAUGAGAAGCUCUGUAUUGUGUCGAAGGUGUUUUACACUUUUUGAUGAAUUGGAUCAGAUAUCUACACGCUUCAAAAAGCUUCAAACUGACAUAAUUAAACGUUACACUUCUACAUGCGUUGAAUAUAAAGACGCUACUGAUUUUAAUGUUGUUGAUAGUAUGGUUCAAACAAAAAUUGUUAAAAUUUCACAGAGUGAACUAGAAAAUGAUGAAACAUCCUUUAAUGAUGAUGAUGAAAAUAGCGAAAAAUCAUCCGUUGCUCUAAAUGAGAUUGUUGAGAAUAUCAUAAAUAGCAUACAAGCUGAUGAAACUAUGGACAACGAUGACAAUUCUAGAGAUUGUACUUCCGAUACUGCAGAAGAUAAAAGUUUACUUAUUGAUAAAAAUGAUACAGAACAUAUGGACACAGUAGACAUCAAGCACACAGUAGACAUUAAGCACACAGUAGACGUCAAGCACACAGCAGAACCAAUAUGUGAAACAAAAUCAAAGAAACCUUGUGUUGCCAGUGUUGGUAUUAAUUACAAAUGUGACAAUUGUGAUGUUUCUUUUGAACGAGCUUCUGAUUUAAAGAAUCAUUUUACCAUAGUUCACCAAAGUCCAAAACUUUUUGUUUGUUCAUCUUGUGAUAAAAGCUAUUCAACCAAACAAGCGUUAAACAAUCAUUUGUCCAAAGAGCAUAAGACUUUGGAUAAAGAGUCAAUUAAUGAUCAAGUUGAUUCAAUUUCUCAAACUAUUAAAACUGAAAAUGAAACCUCCCAAUGUGGUGAUACUGGUUCAAUCAUAGUCACUGAAGCUAAUGCUGAUUAUUCAAAUCAAUCUUCUCAAGGUGUGAUAAUUGAUGUGAAACCUGAUUUUUCUAUUGAUAAUAGCAUGUACUUGGAGGAAAUUGUACAGGAAGAAAUUGGAGAUGAUGAUUUUGAAUGGAAAGAAGAUCAACAAAUUAACUUUAUUGAAGAAAACAUCAUUGAGAUAGUUUAG